GAGGGAGCGAGCGCGUGCUCUGAAUCCCUGAACAGACUCAUCCACGACGCCCACACUUCCGAUGGAGCGGAACCCUGUGUUGAGACGGGAUCCGUCCGCGUCUCAGAGCUACUGGUACCGAGAGCAGGAGGAUGUCGGUGACGUUGUGAAGCCAUUUCAGCCCGCCGAGCGGAAGUAAUUUGAUCCCCGCGGUCACUCACAGAGGAUCCAGGCUUUCAGCCGCACCGCCUGUCCGCUGUCAACUGUUGCUUAUUUCCACUGUAAAUGAAUCUUGACAGAUUUAUGAACAAACGCGUUCCUUCUAACAAGAGAUACCAGCCCACGGAAUAUGAGCAUGCAGCCAACUGUGCAACGCAUGCGUUGUGGAUAAUUCCCAGCCUGCUCGGCAGCUUGGUGUUGCAUUUCUGGUCAGAGGACCAGUGGGAGCGCCUGUCAGCCUGGGUGUAUGGGGCGGGACUCAGCUCGCUCUUCAUCAUCUCCACCCUGUUCCACACUGUGGCCUGGAAGAAGAGCCAUCUCCGGUCUGUGGAGCAAUGUUUCCACAUGUGUGACAGGAUGGUCAUCUACUUCUUCAUUGCCGCUUCCUACGCUCCUUGGUUGAACCUGCGGGAGCUGGGUCCGUGGGCGUGCCACAUGCGCUGGCUGGUGUGGGUUAUGGCGUCUUUUGGAACCACCUACGUUUUCUUCUUUCACGAGAGGUACAAGCUCGUGGAGUUGAUCUGCUACACGGUGAUGGGAGUGUUUCCCGCCCUUGUUAUCGUCUCAAUGUCAGAGCAGUCGGGGUUGUUUGAGCUGCUGGUCGGCGGAGCCUGCUAUUGCCUUGGUAUGAUCUUCUUCAAAAGUGACGGCAUCGUUCCGUUCGCUCACGCCAUUUGGCACCUGUUUGUCGCCAUGGGAGCAGCUGUACAUUACUACGCCAUCUGGAAGUACCUCUAUGCCGCCUCGCCGUCUCAGUUCCAGACCUCCAGGUGACAUCAGUGCUGAUCUCAUGUGAGGCGACUCCUGGGAUUGGACUGCUUCUUGGAGUUGAUUCAAGCUAAUUCAGGGGUUGCUUCAUCUGGAGGCUUUCAGAGUGGGAGUAUACUUACCAUGUGACCUCAUUGAGAUAAAAACUGCCACUGCGUUCAGGUGACCUAAAUCAGCUCAUAAAGUCUAAGAUUUCUACUUUCAACAUUAAGGUUUCUUCCCAAUCCUGCUGAAUUCAGCACUAAAACUUAAGUUUGUGGUUUCACAGGUCUGAUUACAAUCACAUCAAGCUGGGGGUUUUUUAAAGUCCCACUCUGAUUAUCUUUUGAUCUAUUUUUGAAGCAUCGCAGUGGUCUUUUAUUUAUUAUUAUGCUGUUUUUAGCCUAAAUAAAAA